GAGCUGCAACCAGAGCAGUCUCUCUGGGCACUCUGGCAAGCUCACUGCUGUCCUCUCUUCCUCCGCCACUGGCCUCUUUUUAGUUUCGUCCCCUCAGCUCUCCCGUUCUUUUCAUCCACGACUCGCCCUGUGGAUUUCCCUCCCUCCAUCUCUCUUGGAAACCUUUGCAGACUGGAGCAGUGCUGUCGUGACUCGCCGGCUGCCACUGCAAGGGAAGGAGAGAACAGAAGGAAGAAGAGAAAGAGAGGGAAGCUGAGACAGACCAAUCGAUUACUGUGAUACAGACGAGAGAGGCACUGGAAGAGAAGAGGCGAGGCAGUAACAGCAUUUUCCCGUGCAGGUUUAGGUUCAAAAUGAGAUUCUUUUUGACUUGUAUGGGAGUUUUCCAAAGGAUUUGAUUCACGUUCCUCUCUUGGAAAGGACAGCUAAUUAAAGGGACAGCUGGGGCAGUUUUGACACAUACAGGACUCGUCUUUACUUCCUUUUCCAGCCAGAAGAGCCAACAUUUGAGAGUUGUGAACAGGACCGCUUCUGAAUGAGAAGUUCAAUGUUUACAAAAUAAUUGAUCUCCACUCUGACAUUCUGAAUGAUAAUGCUGGACACCAACCAUUGCCUGUCCUUUGAACCCUCCCCCCCGGGCUCUCCUCCAAUGCGAGAAGACAUGGAGAAGGCAGGACUGACGUUGGAUCAUGACAGACAUGUCUAUCACAGCCUAAAAGAAGUCCUCCAGCUCAAACUCCAACAGAGACGCACACGAGAGGAACUGGUCAGCCAAGGGAUCAUGCCACCACUGAAGAGCCCAGCAGCCUUUCACGAACAGCGGAGGAGUUUGGAGCGAGCAAGGACCGAAGACUAUCUGAAGAGGAAGAUCCGGUGUCGUCCUGAGCGCUCUGAGUUGGUCAGGAUGCACAUUCUGGAGGAGACGUCGGCAGAGCCGUCCCUGCAGGCCAAGCAGCUGCAGCUGAAGCGAGCGCGACUGGCUGACGACCUCAAUGACAAAAUCUCCCACAGACCUGGUCCCAUCGAACUGGUUCACAAGAACAUCCUGUCUGUCAGCUGCCCUGUGCACUCACCACUGGAUUCUCCAAAGGGGACUGGAGGAGAGAGCUCAUCUUUAGAUGAAGACAGCAGUGAUGCUCUGUCACCAGACCAGCCAACCAGUCACGACUCUCCUCUGAGUGCCGUCCCUCAGCUGUCCCCGUCGGACGUGCUCACCCAAAACGGGGACAUGUCCCCCUCACAGUUCCUUACACAGUCUCCUCCACCACCUCCACCACCCCCUUCCCAGGUGAAUGGCUCAGACUCCUCCCCAUUCCCGAAAAUGACAAAUGGGAUGACGGGGACCUCUGUUAACUCCCGCACCUCUGCUGGACAGGUCAAGCAGUCUCAGGCUAAGUCGACUUCAGAACGGCCUCCACAGAGACCUAAGAAACCAAAGGACAACAAACCCAAGGUCAAGAAGCUGAAGUACCAUCAGUACAUCCCUCCCGACCAGAAGGCAGACAAAGAGCGUCCACCCCAGAUGGACUCGUCCUAUGCGAAGCUCCUCCAACAGCAGCAGCUCUUCCUGCAGCUGCAGAUCCUCAGCCAGCAACAGCAGCACUACAACUACCACACCAUCCUGCCUGCCCCUCCCAAGCCACCUAGUGAGCAGUCUCCCACAGCCAACUCUGGUCCUUCCCCCUCCCGCAGCGUUCCCACGACAACCACCCCCACCCCCUCCAGUCAGAGCGGGGCUGCCCGCCAGAGCCAAACUGCAGUGGGAGGAGCCAAACCAGGCACUCUGCCAGCCAACCUGGAUGAGUUCAAAGUCGCCGAGUUGAAACAGGAACUGAAAUUGCGUGGUCUGACUGUCUCAGGCACCAAGAACGAUCUGAUCGAGAGGCUCCGCAACUACCAGGAGCAAAAUGGCGGAACCGCAGCAGUUGUAAAAAAUGGCAUGUCUCAGCCCAGCCAGCAGGGCAUGACCUCAGCUGUUAGCGCUGUUACAACCUCUCCAACCACAACUACCACCCCUGACCACCAAUCAGGAGAGGGUGGCUUUAAGUUAGCUUUGUCAUCAUUGGCUCAUGUGGUUCCAGGGCGGGUCAUGCGAUUUGGGAGCACCAGUUCCAGCCCUCCAGUGUCACCUACUCCAUCUGAGAGGUCGCUGGCUGGGAUGAGUCCAGACGAGACGAGCUGUAACGGAGACAUGUUUGGAGAGAUGGUGAGCUCUCCCCUGACCCAACUCACCCUCCACCCAUCUCCUCAACACCCAUCAAAUGUCUCCCCCCUCUCACAGCCUCUCUCUAAAGUCAAAGAAGAGAUCCAGAGCUCGUGCAGCCUCUCCAGGCCUUCACCAGCCACAUGCCAGCCUCCAGAGCCCCUGCCUGGAGCAGCAACAGACCUCAUGGACAAGGACCAGAUGCUCCAGGAGAAGGACAAGCAGAUCGAGGAGCUGACCAGGAUGCUGAGGCAGAAGCAGAGGCUGGUGGAGACCCUCAGGUCCCAGCUGGAGCAGGGCAAGAUGGCAGGUGGAAUAGUGUCAGAGAAGGAAGGGACUGAGAGUAGCAGAACACUUUCAGAGGUUAAACCUCAAACUCUGAUAAAAGCCUCUGCCAUUCAGCCUCCCACUCUCCCUAACGGCACUGUGGUGAAGGUGAAGAAGGAGGUGGAGCCUGAGGAGGGGAUGGAUGGAAUAACAGAGGAGGCCCAGGCAAAGAAAGCGGCGCAGCCGAUGCAGUGCUCUCAGGAGACUCUCCUCAGGCUGCAGCAGAUUCAUCGGCUACAGGUCCAGCAAGCUGAACAGCAGAAACAGACACUGCAGCAGAGUCAGGUGCAACCGCCAAAAGUGGAAGAGGCUAAAUCAAACCCUCAAAAAUUACAACAGCAGAAGAAAGAAGCCCAUAUCCUGCUCCAUCAGCAGCAACAACUACAGCAGCUUAUCAUACAGCAAACCCAACAGAAACAGCUCCAGGCCCAGCAGAAGUUAGCACAGCAAAAACUCGCCCAACAGAAACUCAGCCAACAGAAGCUGGUGCAGCAGAACCAGCUCAGACAAACUCAAGGGCAAGUUCAACAAAGCCAGCAGAAGAACCAGGUUCAGCUGAAACAGGUUCAAGUGCAGAUCCAGAAGCCUGCAGUGAACCCAACCCAGCAGAGGAAGCAGCUGAGGGCUCAGCAGAGGCAGCAGCAGAGGCAGCAGACGACAGCUGUCACCACACAACAGGUGACUCCGGUCUUCAUCAACCAACAAAAUGGCACUCAGAUCCACACUCAGGCCAUUUCGUUAGACCUCCUCAAGGCAAAUGGCACUCCAACGCUGGUCACCGACAGCAACGGCAACCACUACCUGAUCGCUCUCACCAGUAACACCACAGACGGACAGAACGGAGUGUCCUCAUUGGCCAAAACCAACGGACGCAUCACGCUGCAGAGAUUGCAGUCGACUCCAACCAAACUCCCCAGCUCUGACAGCCAAUCAAAAGAGCAGCCAGAGGCUGAGCCUGUGAGCCAGCCAAUUAAAAAGGGACAGAAGGCGGGGCUGCACCUGGACACCAAUGGCGUGCCGCAAGCCAGCUUGUCAGUCACUGCUCCGCCCAACCUGCAGCCUUUCUUUGACGACAUGUCAGACAGUGAAAGCCAAAACAACUUCUCAUCUCUUAAGAGAGAGGAGGUGUGUCCGCCUUACGACCGGCACACACUGUUCACCCCUCCCUCUCCCAAACCCAACAUCUCCCUUCCUACUCAGCGCUCCAAACAGGAGAAUGCCCUGAACAGUCAGCAGAUGGACGACCUGUUUGACAUCCUGCUCAAGAGUGGAGAAAUCCCCGGCUUCAAGGCCAACCCGGACCCUUCCCUUGCCCCUCUCCACUCUGACCCGCCCUCCCCAUCUUCUCUCCCAUCCCAGCUCCACCUGUCCCCUCCCACCCCUAAGGAGCCCCUCGUCUCCCCUCAGCCUUCUGUGGGAGAGCCCUGCACAGGCAGCGGACGCCUGGAAGACUUCCUGGAAAGCACCACAGGUGCCCCGCUGCUGGGUGUGGAGCCCGACGGUGACCUGACGCUGAUCGACGACCUUCACAGCCAAAUGCUGAGCACGCCCAGCAUCCUGGACCACCCUCCCUCCCCCAUGGACACGUCCGACCUGGGUUUCUCCACGCACUCUACAGGGCUGGACUUUGGCGACCCCACCUUGGACAGCAUGGACUGGCUGGAUAUCUCCAUGGUGGGGAGUGCCAGCGGAGGGAGAGGAGGCAGCGAAGGGGGGAGAGGAGGAAGCGGAGGAGCUGGCGACGGGGGGACUAGUCUGGCCCCGCUGGCACCACACACUCCGCCGAGCGUCUUCUCGACUGAUUUUCUGGACAGCACGGACCUGCAGCUGCACUGGGAGUCGUGUCUGUAGCCCCCGCACACGUGGACACGCGCUGGCUCACACUGUGUACAGGCUCCAUCUUUAUUUCAUGCACAUACAGAAACCUUUUCUAUGCUGUCUCUACCACUGCAGGGGUCACUGGCACAUGCACACACACAUUUACACAGUUUGCUCUGUCAUUCACUGGCUGUUACUGUAUGCAAGGUGGGGUGAAAUGAGAAAGAGACGUAGAAAUUACAUUCAUAGAGAGGACUUGAACUUGGUGGGACUGAAGUGGACUUGUUGAAUUUUAAUUCUAUGGGGAUCCCUACAGAAAACUGUUCAUUUCCUGUGUCUGGAUCUGGUUAAAGUGAACCAGUCGGAAACCUACUGUAGGUCACUGUAAUACAACAUUUCGGUGGCGUUUACUCGGGCUCUUCAAUAUAGCAGAGUGUGUGUGUGUCAGUGCCUCCUAAACUUUGCACUUAUGCUGAAUCUGAUUGGUUUAAAGCGGGCGUUCGGGUUAACAGCUGAACCUUAGGGCUGCCCGGUGAGGCUGAGCGAAAGCCGCUGUGUGUUACAUUGGUCAGCUGAGCCGUUGGUGGUGUGAAAAACAAAGGCAGCUGUUGGUGACGACGUCGCCUCACUGUGGCAUCCUGAACCCCACCCACACUAGUCAAAAAAAACACAACCGUCAUUGGUUGACAGUUGCUAUUGGAAUGAACCAUAUCGGUGGCAACAGUUUGAAUUGAAGCCUCAUUGGAGGUUGCGUAUUAUUGGUAACAUUAUGGUAGACCACUAUGUAUUGCUGUAUAUGGGGUGUAUAUUAUCAAUUGUCCAUAUGACUAUUUUUCUUUGCUGGUUGCUUUAGAGUCGAGCCAGCCGGCUGGGGAACUUAGGGUUGAGGGCGGGGCUUCCAAAGUUCUUGGACCUUGUCAUUUUUUAAAGAAAAAAAAGUUAAAAAAAUAAACAUACUAUAAAAACUCGAA